AUGGGCAAUAACAUCUCUCGAGCGCCAUGUACUAGUCGAAGCUCAGAGUCGGGGUCUUUGUCUUCCGCAUUGAGCACACCUCGAUCAUGGAGUAUCUCGCCGCCGACAUCUCCCGAAGGGUCGGAAAUCAUUGGUGAAAAUGGCGCCAGUGAGACUCGAUGUACCGCUGACACUGCAAUCCAUGCUGUGCUAGACCGAGAGUGUCUCAAAAAGACAGAGCGACAGGGCCGUUCGCGAGUCUUCAGCAUCCCCUGGCCAGCAGAACCCCAGCUUAACACAUCCGCGUCCAGCAGAACGCAUGACAUUCUUCAGGACAUCCGAACGAGGCGGAUCACAUUUCUGCUCUCGCACAUGGACAUCAUACUCCCUCUCCUUGGCGGCGCAAAGUCAUUUGAAAAGCUGACCAACAGAAACAUUUCCACAUCUGCUAAGAUAAUCGAAUAUGAAAGUCUUAGUGCUCAGCCCAGUGGCCUCAGAGCAGAAUUAAAGCCGUACCAGCUUGAGGGCCUGUCUUUCUUGGUAUACCUGUGCCGCAACGGCGUCGGUGGUAUUCUUGCCGACGAGAUGGGUUUAGGCAAGACGCUUCAGACCUUGAGCCUCUUUCAACAUUUGAAAGAACGAGAUGGUCGAUUUCCAAACAGCAAUGCGCCCUUUCUCGUCGUGUGUCCACUAAGUAUCCUAGAAACGUGGUUAACAGAGAUCGAGAAGUGGACGCCCGACCUUCGAGUUGUGAAAUACCAUGGCACAUUCGAGCAACGAGACGCCGUGAAGAGGAUGAUAUCAGUCCAGAAAAAGCCUAGUAUUCUCAAAAGUUCGACGGACAUCGUGGACAUUGUGCUCACAACGUACGAGACUUUGAUAUCAGAAAUCAACUGGUUCUCAAGGGUCUUCGUUUGGCGAGGCGUCGUCCUUGACGAGGGCCACAGGAUUAAAAACAGUCGUUCGAAGAGAGCGUUGGUCCUUAAUCGCAUCAAAGCAGAAAUGAAGCUCGUACUCUCCGGUACCCCAAUACAGAAUGACUUGAGCGAACUGUGGUCGAUUUUCCAUUGGCUUUACCCUGAGAUCUUUGUGCCAGCCACUGAGAAGCUCUUCCAAGAGGCCUUCUCCCUUAGCGAUGGAAAAUUCAACCCUGCAUUUCUUGAAAGUGUCAAAAAUUUCCUAAGGCUGAUCAUGAUCCGAAGAACCAAGGAUUCGCCCGGAGUUGGAUUGAAUAUUCCGCCCAAAACAGAAACUGUCCUUUCGGUUCCUUUAUCGCCUGCACAACGUUCAUUGUAUUUGAGAAUCCUUACAGGUGCAGAAGUCCGGCAGUUGCCCUUGGAUGCCUCUACCUCGCGCAUUCAACUAGAUGGCCCCUUGUCUGAACAACCGGCAGUCGAAAAAUUAUGUUCUAAGGCAGUCAAUUCAAUGUUCGAGGGUUCUGCAAAAACGCCUGGGCCUGGAAAGUACCGUAUCACUGGAAAUAUUCUCAUGGAGCUGAGAAAAUGCUCCAUUCAUCCUUAUCUUUUUGCUGACGCGAUUCCCAACCCAUAUGGACUGGGAGAACAUAUUAUCAAUCAAUCAGGAAAAUUUUUAGUGCUGAAGAGACUCAUUCAACACUAUAUGGCGAGCGAGACAAAAGUCAUCGUUUUCUCAAACUUUGAUCAGGCUCUGAAUUUAUGUGAGGACCUAGUCAUGAUGCUCCAAGGCAGCAACCGAGCCUUCGAAUACGCCCGGCUCGACGGGAGAACCACUGGGCCAUGGCGCAAGGUCAUGGUGCACCUUUUCCAGAACGAUCCGAGAUACAAGGUUUUCCUGGUUUCGAUUAGAGCGGGCGGGGAAGGGUUAAAUUUGACCAGCUCCUCUGUGGUUGUGUUCCUGGAUGAGGAUUGGAACCCUCAAGUGAUGCGACAGGCCGAAGCACGAGUGCAUCGAAUUGGACAAACCCAUCCAGUCGUGAUUUAUAAGCUCCGUUCCACAGGCACAGUCGAAGAGCAGAUGAGCCGUCGGCUAAUCAAGAAAGCCUACAUCGCAGAUAGAGUGACCGACAGCGUACACACUCAUUGCCCCGGAAAUGAUUACCUUGACAUGCUCAAGUCUGAAGAGGUGAGCACGUCUCAGAACUUGACGGAUACAUUUGGCUUGCCUUCGCCCGUCUUCGUGGAUCAGACUUUCUUGUCUCAGAGACAAAUUGAUACAGACGAAAUGGCCCAGUGGGACAUGAGCACUAUUCUGAACAAGUGCUCAAGUACCCAAGGAGACGGGGGCCUCUCCGGAUGUCUCACCGUUGAGCAAGAACAACUCUGGCUUGAGAAGGCCGACAGAGUCAGGACAAACCUGUUCAACGGGGUGACCAUUGAUACGAGCGGACGCCAUCAUACAGUAUAUGCUGAAGAAGAGAGCAGCAAUCUGCUCCGCUCUAACCGUCGCAUUGGUAAGGAGAGGACGGUCAUGAUCGACGGCUAUGCAGUGAGCAAGGAAAGCCUGAGUCCCUCGGAAGAGCCGGCGUCCACUAAGGAGGAGUGUGCCUCACCCACGAACACUUUUACCCAUCAAUUAACGUGCUUCCUGUGUCACCAGUUCAAUGCGGAGGACUGUGACAUAUGCCCUCGUGCUUUUCACACUGCUUGCCUUGAGAGCGUGAUCGAAGAAGAACAUCCGAGUUCGGGAACAUCAAUUUGCCCUCAUCAUUAUUGCUGGAAAUGCCACAAGAAUGCAUCAGAAGCUGGACGCCUCUUGUUUUGUUGCAGGCGAUGCGUGAGGGCAUUUUGCGACGAAUGCUUCUACUGGGACACCACCACCUUUGUCGGAGCCAACCCCGCGUAUGAGGCUCUAGGGUACUUUUCCCGAAAUGCCUUCUACAUCGACUGUCUUAUUUGCAGGUGCGACGGAAAACGCAAGCACGCAUCUGAAACCAAAGGCUACCCGGCAAAGAGAAGAAAGGUGGUAGGAGGGGAGAGUUGA